AACCCUUUACCCUAGCAAGCGGCGACUUGCAAAACUUCGUUCUGUAACUAAAACCCUAAUUCUCCUGCGGCUAACCCUAGCAAAAAUGAGACCUCCUCGAGGACGUGGUGGCGGCGGAUUCAGGGGCGGUCGCGGCGAUGGAGGAGGAAGAGGAGGAGGGAGAGGCAGAGGAGGAGGAAGAUUCGACGGCGGUGGCAGAGGCCGUGGCGGUGGCAGAGGCCGUGGCGGCGGGAGAUCAGACCGAGGAAGACCUGGCGGCAUGAAAGGAGGAAGCAGAGUGGUGGUUGAGCCUCAUAGGCACGACGGAGUCUUCAUUGCGAAGGGCAAAGAAGACGCUCUCGUCACCUUGAACAUGGUCCCUGGUGAAGCUGUCUACAACGAGAAGAGGAUUUCCGUUCAGAAGGAAGAUGGUACUAAAGUCGAGUAUCGGGUGUGGAACCCGUUCCGUUCGAAGUUAGCAGCCGCCAUUCUUGGUGGAGUUGAUGACGUUUGGAUUAAACCUGGUGCUCGGGUUCUCUACCUUGGGGCUGCAUCAGGAACCACAGUCUCUCACGUGUCUGACAUUGUUGGACCUACUGGGGUGGUUUAUGCGGUGGAAUUUUCUCACAGAAGUGGUAGAGAUUUGGUCAACAUGGCCAAAAAGCGGACGAAUGUGAUUCCCAUUAUUGAGGAUGCCAGACAUCCUGCUAAGUACAGGAUGUUGGUUGGCAUGGUAGAUGUUAUAUUUUCUGAUGUUGCUCAACCUGAUCAGGCAAGAAUUCUAGCACUAAAUGCUAGUUAUUUUUUGAAAGCGGGAGGUCACUUUGUGAUUUCUAUUAAGGUUUGUUUCUCCCAACUUUCUCAGCCAACUGCUGCUGAGGCAGUGUUUCAACAGGAAGUGAAGAAGUUGCAGGCUGAGCAAUUCAAGCCUACUGAACAAGUGACUCUCGAGCCCUUCGAACGUGACCAUGCCUGUGUGGUUGGUGCCUACCGCGUGCCCAAGAAGCAAAAAGCUGCUGCCUGAAAAACCUUGGUCUAAUUUAUCUGGAUAGCUUAUGUUGUUUUCUCUCGUUUUCACCAGCUCUAAAACUUCAUUCGUGUAGUUUCUGUUCGUCGUUAUGGCUGAAUAUGAAUUUUGACUUUUUUUAUUUAUCCCAAGGUUGCAAAAUAUUUUAAGAUUGUUUUGAAAA